GAAAUUAGAAAAUAUUACGUAGCAAAUAUGGUUGGAAAUCCAAAGUAUCAGGGUCCUAUAAAAUCCCUCUUAACUGCCGUCAAAGAAGAGGUCGCAAUAUUAGGCCCGGAAAAGAAGCACUGGUUCUGUGGAGGUAUAAGAAGCAUAGCUAUAGCGGUAAAUCUCCUGCGGGAAAAACAAAUUAUAGCUGCACCUACUGACACGAUAUAUGGACUCGUUGGCCUUGCACAGGAUAAUGAUACGGUCAACAAAAUUUAUGAAAUCAAAAAGAGAGACACCGCAAAACCAUUAGCCAUUUGCGUAAGCAGCAUAACAGAUAUUAAAAAAUGGGGACUUGUUGAGAACUUACCUCCUAAACUGUUAGAAACUCUUCUUCCCGGACCAGUGACUAUAGUUUUAAAACGUACCGAAAACUUAAAUCCACUUCUAAAUCCAGGUACGGACAAAGUAGGCAUUAGAGUGCCAAAUGAUAAAUUUUUGAGGCAUGUUUCCAAGAUACUCGAUGAACCGUUAGCACUCACUAGUGCCAAUGAAAGUAACAAACCAAGCUCGCUAAGUGCAGAAGAGUUUGCUAAUUUGUGGCCACAACUUGGAGGUAUAUUUUAUUUGCAACCAAAUAAAAAGAUGACGAACGAGAAAAAACGAGUUGGGUCAACAGUAGUGGAUCUCAGCGAGCCUGGAAAAUUUAAAGUAAUACGUAGUGGUAUUGCGGCAGGAUAUGUUAUAAUGACUUUAAAAAGAUCUGGGUUGACGCAAGUAGAAUAACUGAUUGUAAUACAUUUAUAAUUAUCCAAACCAUUGUAACUACUCGAUCAUGUGUUGAUUUUGAAAUAAAACAUAGCAGUCGUA